UCCCCGUAUAGAGUAGUUCGCCCCCCGUCCGUCCAUGUCGCCCUUUAGCGGUUCGGGUACACUUUUCCUUCGCGCUAGAUAACGUAUUAAGUCCCUGGAUGUCGUACAAACACCGGAACAACUUCAACGACAUCUGUGUCCGUCGGCCGCCCGUGGUGAGGAGACCUUUGGGGCAGAAGCCGCGCGCGAACGCCCCGUUCUGGGAGAGACAGGACUACAACACCAUCAAGGCGGAAUGUCUGCGGAAAGGAGAACUUUGGGUGGAUCCAGAAUUCCCCCCGGUUGCCAGCUCCCUUUUCCCGUCCCACGCCGGCAAAUUGCCAAGAAAUAUCGUCUGGAAAAGACCAUGGGAGAUCACGGACAAUCCAGAGCUGUUUGUGGGCGGAGCCAGCAGGUUUGACAUCUGUCAGGGAGAAUUAGGUGACUGCUGGUUCCUGGCUGCCAUCGCCUGUUUGUCCAUGAAUGAGUCCCUGCUGUUUGGAGUCGUGCCUCCUGAUCAGUCUUUCCAGAAAGGCGACUAUGUGGGUUGCUUCAGGUUUAACUUCUGGCACUACGGGACGUGGACAGAGGUGGUGGUGGACGACCAACUCCCCACCUUCAACAACAGGCUGACCUUCGUGCACUCUGCUGAGGAGAACGAGUACUGGAGCGCUCUGCUGGAGAAGGCAUACGCCAAGCUGUAUGGGUCCUAUGAAGCCCUGAAGGGAGGCAGUGUGACGGAGGCGAUGGAAGACUUCACCGGAGGAGUGACGGAGGGGAUGGACCUGCGCAACGCCCCCAAGGACCUGCUGAAGAUCGUGGAGAAGGCCAUGAUGAGGAGCUCUCUCAUGGGCUGCUCUGUGGAGGCGGAUCCAAAUGCCAUUGAUUCUAAGUUGGACAAUGGACUUGUCAUGGGCCAUGCCUACAGCAUCACGGGCUUGCAGAAGGUGAACGUACAAGGUCAGGAGAUUGACCUGAUCCGUGUGCGGAACCCGUGGGGAUCUGUGGAGUGGAUGGGAGACUGGAGCGACGAGUCUCCAAAGUGGGAUUUGCUGUCCAGUGAGCAGAAGGCAAAACUCAACACAGAUGAUGACGGGGAUCUGAACUUUGGGGAUGAUGGAGAGUUCUGGAUGGACUUUGAGGACUGGCACACCAACUUCACGCGGCUGGAGAUCUGUAACCUGCCGCCGGACGCCAUGCGUGAGGACGAUCCCAAGAAGAAGAAGAUGAAGUGGGUGACGUCGCUGCAGGAGGGGAAGUGGCAGAGGGGGGCCACGGCCGGGGGCUGCAGGAACUUCCCAGACACGUUCUGGAUCAACCCGCAGUACCGGAUCACGCUGGACGCCGCCGAUGACCCUGACCCUGACGACGAUGAGGUCGCCUGUAGUGUCAUCAUCGCUCUGAUGCAGCGGAGCCGCCGUGCUGAGAAGGUCAUGGGCACAGGCAUGCUCACCAUCGGAUUCGCUAUCUAUGAGCUGGAGGAUCCCAACUGUGAGACCCUGAAGAAGGAGUACUUCAUGUACCACAAGUCUGUGGCUCGCUCCCCCUCCUUCAUCAACACCAGGGAGAUCUGUGGGAGAUACAAACUGCCCCCAGGAGAGUACGUCAUCAUCCCAUCUACAUUUGAGCCAGGGGAGGAGGCAGAGUUCAUGCUGAGGAUCUACACGGAGAAGAGUAUCGAAACCAAGGAGAUAGAUGAUGAAACACAAGUGGUCCAGAUCCCUCAGGUGCCCAAAACCCCCAAACAGCUGGAGAAGGAGCAGCAGGAGAAGUCUGCCUUCACCAAGUUCUUUGAGAGCAUUGCUGGGGAAGAUAUGGAGAUUGAUGCUUUUGAACUGAAAAAGAUGCUGGACCAAGCACUGAGAAAAGAGCUGUCCUAUUUUGAAUUCAGUGGGUUCAACUUGGAGCUGUGCCGUUCCAUGGUGGCCCUCAUGGAUGACGACAAGUCAGGAAUGCUCGGACUCGAUGAGUUCUUUGACUUGUGGUCAGACAUCAAGCUGUGGACAGGUGUGUUCAAGAUGUUCGAUGCUGACAAGUCUGGAGACUUUGACACAUAUGAACUCCGACUAGCUCUGGAGCAUGUGGGGUUCAAGCUGAAGAACACGAUAUUCCAGCAGAUCGUGCUGCGUUACCAGGCUGAUGACCAGACAAUCUCUUUCCCAGACUUCAUCGCCCUCACCAUUCGCCUCAAGGCCAUGUUUAAGGCUUUUGCAUCGUUCAUGGACGGAAACAUGGCUACUCUAGGACUGGAGGAUUGGUUGACAGUUACCAUGUACUCCUGAGUUGACCAUCCUUGCACAUGCAGAGUGGACCAAUGGAAAAACCCUUGCCCAACAUAGCCACAGUAAUAUAUAAUACGUGAAAAGGGUUGGUGUUGUAGCAAAAAUAGUGUAAUAUUGAAGGUGUUUUAGUGUUUUGGCAUUAGAUGACUAUCCAACUAUACUUUGCAUUCUCCCUGGAUCAAUUCAUAGGUAUUUUGUGACUUUUUGUGCUAAAUGAAAUUCUUGUUUUUUUUUACGUAGAAGUCAGAAGAUGUAAUCAAGUUAAGGUGAAGUCAGGUUAUGGGGUAUAGAAUUUUAGCAGUUUUUAGGAACAUAAGUGUACCAGGAAUAGUACAGUUUGUAAUCAAAGACCACUUUGGUAUAUAUAUUAUUAGCAAUUGGUGUGUUUUUUAACUGCAAUUUUGCAUAUUUAACAGAGGUUUAUAGUCUUUAAAACUUCUUUACAUUCCAGAUUGCUGCUGAUGAAUGUAAAUUUUGAUCAAGAUCGAUGUGAUGUUGUGUUGAUGUUAUGUUUUAAAGACUCUUUUCAGGCAAAGGGGUUUGCAUUAUUUAAUUCCUGCAAUGCAAUUUUAGGAUGUGUCGGCAGGUGUCAGAUUUGGAAGUGAAUGUGUACGAGAAGAUUUAAAUUAUGUUAAUGAUAUGAUAAUAAUAUAAAAGAUCUAUGGUGAAUAAGAUGUUGAUAUAUAACUAAUCCAUGGUGAUUUCUGGUGAUUGUAAUUCUGUGAUGAUGAUAUUGAUUGAGAUUUUUAAGGAUUUAUAGUACAAUGUAGUAAGAUGUGUGCUUCCAACUGUGUGGUUACCAUGACAACGGACUGCAAUAGUCUCUUUCUACUGUUUUACUGGGUUUAUGAAACUUUUAAAAUGGGACUUUCUAUACUAUUUCCUACAGAGGUAUACCACAAAAUGGCAGGCCAUAGACUGUAUGUCUGGUUCUGACAAUAUGUUUUCUAAACUUGUGUAUACUGAUCAAAACAGUGUCACUCAUGUCGCCUAUCUGUAGCUUUUUAGCUGGAUUUUAAACUUAAAUGCUUAAAUGGGAACAAAAUGGACAAAGCACUGAAGAGAGUGUGCUAUAUGGUGCAGUAUAUGCUCAGUUUGAAACUAUGUAUACAAAAAUUGCAUUUUUACAAGUUCACCCACAUCAUUUGUAGUUGUAGUCCUGUGUCACUUUGAGACACAAGCAGUGCAGUAGUCUGAGUACUAGUAUGGGACUGAGAAAUGCAAGGGGCCAUGUGCAGUGCUACCAAUGCUGUCUGUGAACUCUCUACCUCAGUCUGGGAAAAUCAGCAUUUAUCUUCCAGUCCCAUCCUAAAGCGAAACAACUCAGUUUAACUGGGCCUAACUGCCAUGAUUUGCCAGGUAUAGGAUAGACACCCGGGUAUUGAGAUACACAAGAAAAUUGCUACUAAAGCGACUGGAUAGAUUUUCCAAAUUGUCCUAUGUUCAAUUAGCAUUUUGUCAGUGUGUAACAGUUCUGAAAAUCUAUCAAGCUGCUUGUUUUCUCGUGUAUGUCAUGUAUAGAGUACAUGACUAAUGAUUCUGUGCAUUAGUGGAUAUAGGAAGCCAGAGAAUGUACCUAUGUUUGCCAAUAAAAGCAUUGUAGGAAACAGGAACACACACCCAUUGUAAACUUCUACCAAGGUGGCCAUAAAGUUUUGGUUAAUGAUUACUGGUACUUCCUUGGUUCCCAUGUGGAAUGCACCACAUUUUAUUUUAAAUACGUAAGACAGUGCUAUGCUAGAGACAUUGUAUAUCCAAAGUGGUGGAACUUUAAGUAAUUGAUACAAUUCAACAAAUGGUGACGAUAUUAUCACGAUCAAUAAAGGUGUCUGGAGG